AUGGCAACAGAGAAGCAGACUAUCGCCAUCAUCGGCUGUGGCUCCAUGGGCUCUGCUCUACUCCGCGGGCUUCUCGAUUCAUGCGUAUCGCCUAAUUCAGAAGUACCAAAGCCAGACGGAUUCCGUUUCAUUGCGUGUACAAAGACUUCGAGAUCGGCCGGUAUGUUUUCCGAGGCACUGGGAGAGGACGCCGGCCGCGUCAAAGUCAUCCACGGCGAGCCGGUGAAGGCUGCUGAAGAAGCAGGCAUCGUCAUACUCGGCUUCAAACCAUACAUGGCUGCGGGGGUAUUCGAAACCCCGGGCUUCCUGGAUGCGCUCGAGGGAAAGCUGGUAGGCUGA